AUGUCCUCAUCAGAAGGAGAAAUCCGUCCCAAAGAUGUGGGGAAGCAUCAGGACACCGAGAAUGUCCGGGAACCAUCAACUGAGACUCAGAAUGAUGUUGAAUCUGGCGAUGAGCCCAGCAUCGCUGAGAUUGAGCGCAUCUAUAGAAAACUAGACUAUCGGAUUAUCCCUGCCUUUUGGGUACUGUACUUUCUCUGCUCUGCCAUCCGAUCCAACGUUGGUCUGGCACAGACGAUGAACAUGGACGUAGGCCACGACCUCGGGUCCGUGCUGCACCUGACGCCUCAUCAGAUCUCGACCGGUCUCGCCUUGUUCUACGUCUGCUAUGUGGUCUUUGACUUGCCGUCGAAUCUGGUGAUGACCAGACUCAGCCCGCACAUCUGGAUGAGUCGGAUCGUCAUCAGCGUGGGUAUUAUUGGCAGUUGCAUGGCGGCCAUGAAAGCAGCGUGGAGCUUAUAUCUCCUCCGUCUUCUGCUCGGCAUCGUCAUUGCCGGCAUGUGGCCCGGAAUGACCUAUUACCUCACCCUCUUCUACCCUCCCUCGCGGACGGGCAAACGCAUCGGCCAAUACUUCACUGCCGCCCAGAUCUCCGCCGCCGUCGUGGGCCUGGUGUCGGCAGGGUUCCAGAAGAUGGACGGCGAGCGCGGCCUCGUGGGCUUCCAAUGGAUGUUCCUCGUCUACGGCGUCAUCACCAUCGCCGUCGGCAUCGUCCUUCUCUGGUGGCUUCCCGACCGGCCCAUGGCCCCUGGCGUCCAACCCCCGCGUCGCAAGUAUCUCCGGUGGCUGCCACGCAGCGCCCCCGCCCUCACGGGCCGAGACGCAGAGAUCCACUACCACGACCUGAGGCGCGUCUACCACCGUCCGCAGUGGUCCCUCCGCGACCUCCUCGGCGUGUUCCUCGAUUGGCGCCUGUGGCCGCUACUGGUCAUGUACUUUGGCGUGGUCGGCGUGGGCAUCGGCGUCCAGAACUACGCCACCGUCAUCAUCAGGGGGAUCGACCAGUCCCUGAACGGGAUCGACCUGAGUCUCCUCACAGCCCCAAUCUGGCUUAUGGACCUCCUCGGCAUCCUCCUGGUAACGCCCUUCUCCGACCGCUUCCACAAACACCGAGCCCUCUUCUUCUCCCUCCCCGUCUGCCUCCAGAUCCUCGGCCUCCUCCUAACAACCUACGCCGGCUCCCCCACAAACCCCUGGCCCCGCUACGGCGGCCUCCUCAUCGUCGGCUUCGGCCUCGGCCCCACAGUCCCCAUCACCAUGUCCUGGACAACAGAGGUCUUCCAGCCCCGCCACGGCGAAGUCGGCGUCGCCGCCGCCUCGGCCGUCGUCUCCGGCUGGGGAAACCUCGGCAGCAUCCUCACCACCUACGCCCUCUACACCGGCUGGCCCAGCGACAGCGCUGCCCCCGGCCGCGCCAAGUUCCGCAAAUCCAACCUCGUCAUGGUCGGCAUCCUGUGCGCCAGUAUCCUUUCGUCGGUGCUCAUGCAGACGGGCCUUUGGCUGGCGGAGCGGAGGAGGCGCGCUCGCGGAGCCGGUGAGCCGGGGAAGAUUGUCGAUGUUGCCGCUAGGCGUGAGGCUCAACAGCGUGGUUUGCAGGGUCUGGGGUCUUCGGGUCUUCUCCGCAUUUUCAGAAAGGGCACGUAG